AUGACUGUCAAAACAGCAACCCACACCAAGACGCCUUGGAUUGAAACCCCGCUCAUCAAAUCAGCGACAUUAAGCAGCGCUGCAGGAUGCAACAUCUUCUUAAAGCUUGAAAACCUCCAACCCUCAGGGUCAUUCAAAUCCCGCGGCAUAGGAAACUUCCUCGUCUCCAAACUCGCCGCCGUCCAAUCCACAAGCGCAAACUCCACCAAAAAGGCACACUUCUACUGUUCAUCCGGCGGGAAUGCCGGCCUCGCAUGCGUCCACGGCGCAGUGACUCUCGGCUGCGAGGCGUCCAUUGUUGUGCCCCUCAGCACGACGGAAUACAUGAUUGCCAAGUUGAGAGCGGCGGGCGCGACAGACGUGAUUCAGAAGGGCGCAUCGUGGCAGGAAGCAGAUGAUUAUCUGACGGGGACGCUCAUGGCUGAUGCGACGGCGAGAGGGGAGGCAGCUCUCUACGUUCCGCCGUUUGAUGCGCAAGAGAUUUGGGAUGGUAAUGCGGGCAUCACGAGAGAGAUUGUGAAGCAGUUGCCUGAAACGGAGAGGCAUUAUCCCAUCAAUGGGGUAUCCGCCAAUGCUACGCCCAAGGUGGAUGCCAUUGUGUGCAGUGCUGGAGGAGGAGGACUCUUCUCUGGCAUCAUGCAGGGGAUUGACGAGUUGGGGAUGGAUAAGACGCAGGUUAUUGCUGUGGAAACUGAGGGCGCUGAUUCAUUCGCACAAGCUGUUGCGAAGAGAGAAUUGGUUACUCUGCCUGCCAUCACGAGUCUUGCCACGAGCUUGGGCGCAAGACGCGUGUGUAAGAGGGCUUUUGAGUAUGGGUUGAGAGAUACGGUUUCCAAUGUUGUGCUGUCUGAUGCUGAGGGCAUCAGGGCGUGUAGGAGGUUUUUGGAUGAGGACAGGCUGCUGGUGGAGUUGGCGUGCGGAGUGUGUCCUGCUCUUUGUUAUAAUGGCAAGUUAAAGGAACUUGUUCCUGGGUUUAAUGAGAAUAGCGUGGUUGUGUUGGUGAUUUGUGGUGGGAGUAAUAUGUCGUUUGAGAUUAUGGACAAGUACAUGGCUGAUCUAAACUAG